AUGAACAAGAAACUGUGCAUUCUACUUGUGUUUGUCGUUCUCUGCUCGGCCACCUUGGCCGAUAAGAGCAAGGAGAAAUCCAAGGAAAAGUCUAAGGAGAAAUCCCAAGAAGACUCUGGUUCGCAGGAGAAAUCCAACGAAAACUCAUCAAAAGAGGAGCUUACUACAGAAUCAUCGGCUAUGACGACGGUAGCUUCCAGUGACAGAUGCGCCGGACAGCCUGAUGGCACCAUACUUCCAUCCCUAACUACCUGUGCCAAUUUCGUCACCUGUCAAGGGGAAGCAGAAGCUGUUGAAGCUACGUGUGUACCGAAUGGCACCAUCUUCGACUCGACAAGAGGAGUGUGCGAUUACGAGCCAAAUGUACUUUGUACGAUAGAAGCGGAACCCACCGAAACAGCAACAACCACUUCGGAAUCGACUACCGCUCCGGAACCAACGCAAACCGAGCUGAAGGGUAUGUGCAAAGGAGUUAUCAUUGAUAUGAUUCCUCAUCCUGGUAACUGCAAUAAGUAUAUCAUUUGUGUUCUGGGCAAGCCUAAUAUCCAGUCUUGUGGAAAAAAUCACAUCUUUUACUCGGAUAUUAAGCUCUGUGCGUUUGGUGAUGCCAAAAAAUGCUAA